GCGGUGGUGGCGGCGGCGGCGGCGGCCUCCCGGCCUUUGGGCCUGCCCCGCGGCCGGAGCCGGUUAGCGAGCGGUGCCGGCGCCUCGCCCUCCCGAGGGCCCCUCCCCCGCUCCAGCCGUGGCUCCGUCAGACCGGCGGGACGGGAGUUAGUCUCCGCCGGCAGACUAAUUGCUGAUUGGACUUCAUGAACAUAAACUCCUGAGCCUGCUGAACUUCCCAGCCCCUCUGCUUUCCACCAUGGACCAGGAUUAUGAGAGACGUCUCCUACGCCAAAUCAACAUCCAGAAUGAAAACACAAUGCCCUGUACCCCUGCUGUGAUCAACAAUUGUUGGUGUGUGUCUUAUUCUUCAAUUCAGGUGGCAGAGAUGAGAAGAACCCUGACGCCUUCCAAUUCUCCGAUGUCUUCUCCCAGUAAGCAUGGUGACAGAUUCAUUCCCUCGAGAGCUGGGGCCAACUGGAGCAUCAACUUCCACAGAAUAAAUGAAAACGAAAAAUCUCCAAGUCAAAACAGAAAAGCAAAGGAUGCUACAUCGGACAAUGGCAAAGAUGGUCUUGCUUACUCUGCCUUGCUGAAGAAUGAACUCUUAGGAGCAGGGAUUGAGAAGGUGCAAGACCCACAGACAGAAGACAGGAGGCUUCAGCCGUCCACCCCGGAGAAGAAGUCUCUUUUCACUUAUUCGCUCAGCACAAAACGCUCUAGUCCAGAUGAUGGCAAUGAGGUCUCACCGUAUUCCCUGUCUCCUGUCAGCAACAAAAGUCAGAAGCUGCUAAGAUCACCUCGAAAACCAACUCGGAAAAUCUCAAAGAUUCCUUUCAAAGUGCUGGAUGCCCCAGAGUUGCAGGACGACUUCUACCUGAACCUGGUGGACUGGUCCUCUCUUAACGUCCUCAGCGUUGGCCUUGGGACUUGUGUUUACCUAUGGAGUGCUUGUACUAGCCAGGUAACCCGACUGUGUGAUCUCUCUGUGGAAGGAGAUUCUGUAACAUCUGUGGGCUGGUCAGAACGGGGGAACUUGGUAGCUGUUGGCACUCACAAGGGCUUUGUACAGAUCUGGGAUGCAGCUGCAGGAAAAAAGCUCUCCAUGCUAGAGGGGCACACAGCCAGAGUUGGUGCCUUGGCAUGGAACGCAGACCAGCUCUCUUCUGGGAGUCGAGACAGGAUGAUCCUUCAGAGGGACAUCCGCACCCCACCCCUCCAGUCUGAGCGGCGGCUCCAGGGCCACAGGCAGGAGGUCUGUGGGCUCAAAUGGUCUACAGACCACCAGCUCCUGGCCUCUGGAGGAAAUGAUAAUAAGCUCCUUGUCUGGAAUCACUCCAGCCUGAGUCCUGUCCAACAAUACACAGAGCAUCUUGCAGCAGUAAAAGCUAUUGCCUGGUCUCCACACCAGCACGGACUCCUUGCCUCUGGCGGUGGGACAGCUGACCGCUGCAUACGCUUCUGGAACACGCUCACCGGGCAGCCUUUGCAGUGCAUCGACACUGGGUCGCAAGUGUGCAACCUGGCCUGGUCGAAACACGCCAACGAGCUAGUGAGUACCCAUGGAUACUCACAGAACCAGAUCCUCGUCUGGAAAUACCCCUCGUUAACUCAAGUAGCAAAGCUAACAGGGCACUCGUACCGAGUCUUAUAUCUGGCGAUGUCCCCUGAUGGGGAGGCCAUAGUUACAGGAGCUGGAGACGAAACCUUGCGCUUCUGGAACGUCUUCAGUAAAACUCGCUCGACAAAGGAGUCUGUAUCCGUUCUCAACCUCUUUACCAGGAUACGAUAAACCCCAUAAACUGUGACCCAGGAGACUACAGCCUGACAUACCAGGAUAAAACCACUACCUUGGUGUGCAUGGAACCCCAAACGAUCAGCCAGAAGGGGAGGGAGUGCCAGUGGGACUGGAGGACGGACCCAACAGAUGCUAAUUAAAUACGUGCUUGUGAACCACGCUGGGCAGCAUUUGGGAUGGGGUUGGGGAGGGGAGGGAACUGCCAAAGGUUUACGGAUUCAUCCUUCAUAAAGGGAAACGGGUACAAAAGAAAUGUUAAACCAGCAUCCUCCCACCCUCGUGUUGUAUACUGGAGAAAACAUGUAUGACAUGGAUUGUUGAGACCGGACCAAGGCCAUCCCAGCUGCUGUGUUGUCCCCUCUUGGGAGAGAUGAGAGUAUCUUUGCCUCUGUGGGAACAGGUUUAACAUGCUGCUCUGGGUCCCCCUGUUCUUGGAUGGACAUCUUUGGAGGUAGGAGCCAGCCAGACUAGUUCAAUACAACUGGUGCAAGGUGGCUAGGCUCCAGGCUGGGCGUUAGCCUCUCUGAUUAUCUAAGGGCAUUUUUUGUAGCCUGGUAUCCCCAUUACAUGAAGAAACUGGAGAACUGCUUAUUUUCCUUUUUUUGUUUGUUUGUUUGAUUGGUUGGUUUUUUUCCCCAAUAGGUACUGUAGUACUUGAUACAAUCAUUCCUGUAAGACAGCUUGAUUUUUGGCACGCUUGACAGCUGCCUUCAAACAAAUACAUUUUUGGGCUCUAAACUUUGGAGGAGACUUGAAGAGGCUCCACCUCAGAGGGAGCACAUUCAGAAAGUUCUGAAAUUGCUAUUGCAUGUUCUGGGCUGAUCCUUUUAGUUAACAGAAAGGAAAAACAAUGGCUUUAAAAAAGAAAAAUACCAACCAACAACCACCGUGCAUGUGGAGCUUCCCACAGUGCCAUUUGUGGCAGGCUGGUUGCUGUGGAGUCUUCCUGAGGACAAAAGCAGUUGAGAUGCGUUUGAGAAACAAAACAACUCAUGUGGAUCUGUUUUUUGGAGAGAGCAUGGCCUCUUCUGGCUGGAAGGGGGGAAACACCACGUCUGGGCGAGAGGGGGGGUUCUUUCUCUAAAGCAAGGAAGAAGUGUUGCUGUUUUUUAUCUCCAAGUCAAAGCCAGGGACCUGUUGUUGUUGGGUUUUUGUUUUUGUUUUUGGUUUGGUUUUUUUUUUAAGUUGUCUGGGAAGAGAGUGCCUGCUUGUGUGUUUGGAGCCUGUGUGAUGAGUGCCGUGGGAUGUGACGCAAAGCACUUGUGUGUAUGUGUUGCUUUUAAUUUAAAGAGAAGCUGUUACGCUCGCAGCAGCCUGUUCCUGUCUUACUUUGUACAUGUGCCAAUGCUCUCCCUGCCGUGUGCCUGGCUCCUGCCUGCCUCCUGCCCUCUCUCUAGUGCACUGGGAUGUGAGUGCUGUUUCCUGUUCGCCUUUGGAUUUUCCUGGCUGUGUAUAUAGACCUUGACCUGUUCUCUGUAGAGUGCAUAGGCAAUACUUUUGUCUUUUUUUUUUUUUCCCCCCUUUUUUUUUUUUUCCUUCUUUCCCUGAAACCAGACUGUACGGGUGGUGGUGGGAAUAUGAUUGUCUCUCCCCAGUGCCACUGGUAUCCUUAGGGCGAGCUUCUGAGGUGUAGGAAGGCUGGUGCGGAGAGAGGCAGUGAGGUGCCAUUCUGUUCACCACAGCCUUGACCGCGUGUGCCGUUACACCAGUGCCUGGAUCAGGCUCUGGGUGCUACCUCUGCGUGUCGCAGGUACUUGGAGGCACUCGUGAGGAGCUCGUGUGCCGGGAACUUGCCGCUCCUUAGCAGGCUGGCAGCACUGAGCCUCCAAAGCCCAAACUGGCAGCUACAUAGUCAUCUUACAGCCUCGCUUGCCUCCAAAAUGUAAUUUCAAUGUAAUUUCUGAAAUGUGGUUUCAACACAACUACUUUAUUGUAGUUCAUGCUGCAGGAGCAUGGGGAUUGGUUUAAAAAUCAUCUGAUGGCCUCCUAGCCCUCUCUUCUUGCUUGUUACAUUCACUGGCACAGUUAAACUUCAUUAUGUGGAAGGAGCACCGCAAAGCACUGAGGAGUUGUUAAAAUUCAGUCAGAUCAUUAAGUUGGCAAGCAGGUUUGAAGUGAAAGGCCACCCGCAGCAAGAUGUGGUCUGUCACAGGUGUCUGUCCUGUCGGGCAGCAGAGCCUUGGGACGGGGGUAUUUACACCAGGGCUGGAGGUGGUUGGCAGCUGCUGCUGUGGACUUUCUUGUCUGUUGUGGAUUGUCUGCUGCCUAAAUCCCAACAUGCAGACCGCCACGAGAUGCUGCUUUCUCCUCCAGGAAGAAAUAGAUGGUUGCAGGGGGGGGGGGCACACACGAGGUCUCAGCCAUGGGGUGGUUUCACACUGGUUUGUGCCCAUUCUGGAGCAGGAGGAGGAGGAGGGAGCCGGGCACCCCAGCCGCGGCGUGGAGCAGUAUGGGGUGAGCAUGGCAGCUGCCCCGGCACUCCUGCAGGGAUGGUGGAUGGAGGGGUGGCCUUGCCUCUCUCCCUGCGACAUGGGUGCUUUCCCCAGAGGAGUCCCAGGAGCUGCUGGGGCAGUGGGCAGCGCUGUCUGGGCACGCGUGGCCUGUGCUGCAUCCGCAGCUCGGAGCUCCCUGCUCUGCCAGCAUCCAGCUGCACCCCCGGGUGCUGGGCGGGGGGAACACGGCCCCUCGUUGCUCUGUCCCUGCAUCGCACUCCUCUCUUGCCAGGGACUUUCACAAACCACAUCUCCCACUUUUCUCACUUUGGAGCUGCUUUGGGAGCAGGUUGGCUCAUUGUGACUUCUCCCAUCAUGCUUGUCAGGGAGGGCUAGUGAUUUCCAAGCCAUGGCUGAUCUGCGGCUGAGCAAAUUGGCUAACGAGCAUGGCGAGAACGAGCUGUUCAGAUUGACUGAGCUGUUCAGGCAUGGCACAAACUCCUUCCUCCACCCCGCUCGCAGCUGCCAAGGCAGGAGUGGAGUUCCCAGAAGUGCUCUCUGCAGGUCUUCCACUGCAAGGGUGUGUGUUGGUGGCUGGGUGUGUGUGUCUUGGCUCAUGCCGGCGAGCGGUGUGAUUGCUGUCGGCUGGCUGGAGUGUGCUGCGGUGUGUUAAAUGGGGAAAAGAGCAAAGCUAAUGUAAGCUUCUGUUUUCAGUGUGUGACCUGCAAGUGCUGAACCGUGCGGGUGCGUUGAGCAAAGGGUCCUCCCAGAGUUUGUGUGAUAAAGUCUGCGACCUUGUGGCAUUGUUAUAUAUAAGGCAUCAUAUGGUGGGAAAAAAAAAAAAUAGAGCGUUGUAACUUUUCCAUGUAAAGCAAUCUAACUGGCAUUAAACAAGUUGUGAAUUUA